CCACGACCUCUCAUAUACUUCUGACUCUCAUUUCUCAUCCACAAAGAUCAAACCGCCAUGCCUCUCCCAAACCCCGAUGCCGAAGCUCACCAGGAGCUCAUUGAUCAGCUCGAUACCUACUCCAUUCCAAAGCCAUUCCGCAACCCGCACUGGAAGCCGAAUCAGCGCCGGAACAAGAACAUCAAGGCCAUCCUUGGUGAUGCCCGGCAGCGCAACACCCUUCCAAGACGAAUCCAUCAUCUCUACCGACGGCGACAACACACCUGCAAUUUCUACAGCCAGCAGCUCUGCGUUACAACCCAAUCUUGCACAGGCGUCGAGGAAUCUGUCAAAGCUAGUGUUGGAAAAGAAUAUGAGAUCAAAUGGCUUCUCGUCUGCGCCGUCUGCCACAUAUACCAAUAUCGAAUCCGCGCCUUCAUUGGCACAUACCAAGCAUUAUUGCGAUAUUACGGGGUUGCCGGCUCCAUACACCGACCCCAAGACGAGGUUGAGAUAUCAUGAUAAGGAGGUAUUUGGGUUGAUUAGGACACUAGGCCAAGGGGUUGCAGAGCAGUAUCUGGAAACUCGGGGGGCGCAUACGGUUUUAAAGUGAGGAAGGGCACAGGAGUUAUUGCUGUCUGCUUAAGAGGAUUUCUUUGGUCUUGGAUUUCGAUGGAGCACAGCUAUUUAGAGGGUGCUUGAGCUAAUUACAAUCAGGCGCUCGUGCAGGAUACUGAGGAGUGGGACAAAAGCUUGCUUUGCUGGCUUGCUGGGAAUGGCGUUUAUGGAGCGUUUAUGGAGACAGAAUAUGGGUUGCCACAAUGGCAGGCUGAAGAUAAUAAAGCAAUUUAAGAUCCAGUAUGUCUGAUCGACAAAGUCAAGCCCAUUCUACCCACCGGCC